CUCACACGCAGGAGGCUCUGGUGGAGUCGGUUCAGAUGAUGAAGGAGGCGGUGGAUGAUUUGGCUGCGACUCUGUCAGAGGCAGCUAGCGCUGCAGGAGCAGUGGGUGGCAUGGUCAACUCCAUCUCUCAAGCCAUCAAUAAGAUGGAAGACGGGCCUGGAGUCGAACCUGAAGGAACGUUUGUGGAUUAUCAGACCACGAUGGUGAAGACGGCCAAAGCUAUCGCUGUCACCGUUCAGGAGAUGGUUACCAAAUCCAACACUAACCCUGAUGAGCUGGGCGGUUUGGCCAAUCAGCUGACCACAGAGUUCGGUGACCUGGCGUCAGAGGCCAGAUGUGCAGCCAUGACUGCUGAGAAUGACGAG